AUGACUACCAAUCCUCAUGAAGACGUUACGGUUGCGAAAGUCCCUGAUGAGAGAGAUGUGGGCGCCAUCGAGCUCGAGAACCCCGAGGCGAACCAACUCGCCCCGAUUGACCCGAACGAAGAGCGCAAGGCAGUUCGGAAACUAGACUGUGUUGUCAUGCCGCUCAUGGCACUCGUCUACUUCCUUCAAUAUUUGGAUAAGCAAUCGAUCAACCAGGCGGCAAUCUUCGGUCUUCGCAAAGACCUUGCGUUGAAAGGCGAAGAUUUCUCCUGGGCUGUAUCGCUGUUCUACUUAGGGCAGUUCUGCUCCGAGUACCCCGCGGUGUAUCUCUUGUCACGCCUUCCGAUCACGAUAUAUGUUGGUGUAACUAUUGUUAUCUGGGGUGGUGUCAACAUGGCCAUGGCUGCCUGCCAUAACUUCCAAGGCCUGGCAGCAGCAAGAUUCUUUCUUGGCUUUGCCGAAGGAACUGUAUCUCCGGCGUUCAUCAUUAUCACAUCGAAUUGGUACAUUAAGCGAGAGCAUCCGAUCCGAGUAGCCACAUGGGUCUCAAUGAAUGGUGUGGCCCAGAUCUUGGGCUCGCUCUUGAUGUACGGAAUCGGACAGACGAAUAUGGCCAUAGCUCCUUGGAGGGUCCUCUUCCUUGUUUGUGGUGGCCUUACCAUCGGGGCUGGCAUGCUCUUCGUUGUCUUGAUGCCCCGGAGCCCGUCGACUGCAUGGUUUUUAAACGAGAAGCAGAAGGCUAUUGUCAUUCAAAGACUUGCGUCAGACCGUGGCUCGGGUGAGCGUACGGAAUUCAACAAGGGGCAGCUGCGGGAGGCACUCAUGGCGCCUAUGACCUGGUUGUUCAUGCUCAUGGCCUGCUGCAUUACGCUCACGACCCCAAUUAUGAAGUUCUCUGCCACUGUCGUCAACGGUUUUGGUUACAGCACGCUGCAAACCAUGCUGGUCGCGAUGCCGGCUGGAGCAUGCAACACCGGCACCGUCUGGAUUGGAGCUCUCGUGCCACGGUUCUUCCCAGGCACCCGCGCCUACUCUGCCAUCGCGCUCUGCGUUGUGCCUCUACUCGGAGCCGUACUUCUCUUGGCGUUGCCCCAGGAUGCUGGCUGGGGAAUUAUUGUGGCUACUUGGCUUGCCGGCUGCUCUUCCGCUUUAAUUGGCAGCUCCGCCAGCAUCAUUGCAAGCAACGUGAAGGGGAACACAAAGAAAAGUGUUGUCUCGGCUGGCUUUUUUAUAUCCUACUGUGUCGGUUGCUUCGUCAGUCCUUUCUCUUGGAAGGCUGAGGAUGGCCCUCGGUUCAGCAAGGGUUGCAUUCUCAGUAUAGUGUCGUUGAUCGUGCUUAUGAUAUCGUAUGCUACUUUCAUCGUCAUGGCUAAGACAAAGAACAAGAGGCGCGAUGCGAAACUGGCAGCUGGAAUGGUGGCCUAUGGAGCUGGUGAUGAUGAUCACAAAGCCUCCGGGGCAACUUCCUCUCUGGAUUCCGACAUGACGGAUGUUCAGGACAAACGGUUCAGAUAUACCAUCUGA